CGGUAAUUCGAUAUUUAUUUAUUCAAGAAAAAACUAUGUUAAUUUUUAAAAAUUCAUCGAAUUUAAUACAUUUGAAUAUGUCAUAAGAAAUAAAUAAAUUUCUAAUUUUUCAUUUCAACGAGCCGCUAAAGCGAAAUCUCCGAGAAUUAUCGAUAUCAAAAAGCAGCAGACGAUUAUCUCGGAAAAUUGAAAAGAUCGAAAAAAGCGACCAAUCGGAUGCUAACAAAGCAUCACGUGACUCAAGGCGAAGGUCUUCUUCCGGUAAAAGGUUGGCGUAUACGAGUUACAACAAGCGGCUGCUUUACAGGUGAAUUAUACGGAUGGAUAGAAGAGUCAUUUUAUAAUCUAUCGAUAAGCAAAAGUUUUUGAAAAUAAAUCUUAACAGUUUUAUAAUCGAAAUUAGUAAAAGGAAACGGAAACAAGUAACCAAUGAGGAUAUGUCGAAGGGAUUCGUAAGAAUCAAGUUCUGUCGGUUGGAGUUAGGAAAUGAAGUAGCAAAUGGCAGAUUGGCUGAAGUGAUCGAACCUUACUGUGUAGUCAGAUUGAAAGAAGCAAUCGAUGUACCAGGUAAAGGAGUGGAGAUUGUGCAAAGGAAACGAAGUCAAUAUUUGGAAUGGGAUUCUUGCUUCGACGUCCAGAUCUCAAGAGGUUAUUUGCUGCACGUAGUAGUAAUGGACAGACCCGACCGUCUCUUAGCCGAUUUGCUAAUUAGCGCUCAAGUUUUGGCAGAUAAGUGUGCAGACGAAGAGAAUAGACCUAUUUGGCUUAAACUCAGGCCGAGUGGGAGGAUUCUCACUCAAGUCAAACAUUUCAAGGAUGGUGAAGCAACGCCCUGGUUUGACGAACACAAUGGUUUGGGAAAAAUUGGCAGAAGAGGAGCAAUAAAACAUCAACGAGUACACGAAAUUAAAGGACAUAAAUUCAUUGCAAAAUUUUUUCGUCAACCUACUUUCUGUGCAUUUUGUAAAGACUUUCUCUGGGGAUUUGGUAAGCAAGGUUAUCAAUGUCAACUAUGUCAAGUAGCUGUUCACAAGAAAUGUCAUGAUAAAAUCCUCGGAAAAUGUCCAGAAUCAGGCAAAGAAUCUCAAGUUACUCUGUAUCUUCGUGAGCGAUUCAAAAUCGACGUACCUCACAGAUUUCGAAUCCACAAUUACAUGAGUCCAACUUUUUGUGAUCAUUGUGGAUCUCUUCUGUACGGGAUUUUUCGACAGGGCCUUCGAUGCGAACAUUUAGGUAUCCAUAGAAAUCGUCAAGUCAUCAAGUUUCGUGAGCAACCUAUCACUAGGCAGACAAAACCAAUAAAUUGGAAAAUAUCUAAUUGUACUAGCCCAGCAAUAAGACGUCGAAAUGUUAAUUUAGAUCAAUAUAAUUCAGAUUCACUGAGAUCUUUAGAUUCUGGAAUAGAAUCUCCUCGAUCACCAUCUUUACCACCACAGACACAGAAAUUAGAAGAGUGUAAAGUGAAUUGCCACAAAAAAUGCGAAAGCUUGAUGCCAAAUUUAUGUGGAGUAAACCAAAAAUUGCUAUCUGAAGUGCUAGAAACAGUCAAGAAAGAAAAAGGAUCUUUGACGUCUAAAUCCCCUAACUCUUCUGUGAGACCCUCAAUAUCAAGUAGCAGUUUGAGCAGUAGCGAUUCCGAUGACAGUUCUGAACUCAACACUGAUAAUAACGAAGAAUCUUCUAAUAAAGAUACAACUACUCGUCUUCGCUUCAAGAAAUAUACUAUAGAUGAUUUUAAUUUCAUAAAAAUGCUCGGAAAAGGGAGUUUUGGAAAGGUGAUGUUGGCCGAAAUGAAAGGACAAAAUCGCUACUUUGCUGUUAAAUGUUUAAAGAAAGAUGUAGUUUUGGAAGAUAAUGAUAUCGAAUGCACAAUGAUCGAGAGGAAAGUAUUAGCCUUAGGUAGUAAUCAUCCUUAUUUAUGCAAACUUUACUGCACCUUUCAGAAUGAGAGUCAUUUAUUCUUCGUUAUGGAAUAUCUAAGCGGAGGCGAUCUAAUGUUUCAUAUUCAACAAAUUGGCAGAUUUGAUCAAGAUAGAGCAAGAUUCUAUAGUGCAGAAAUCGUGUGCGCUCUCAAAUUCCUCCAUCGUAAAGGAAUUGUUUACAGAGAUCUAAAACUGGAUAACAUUUUACUGGAUAACAGCGGUCAUGUCAAAAUAUCCGAUUUUGGCAUGUGUAAAACAGGUAUAAAGAAUGACAGAAGAGCUAAUACCUUUUGUGGUACGCCCGAGUACAUAGCUCCCGAGGUAGGUGAAAGUUCACGUUUGUUCUAACAAAAUAUUAAUUUUGUUAUUAAUUUAAACUAAAUUAAAUGUAUUUGAGUCUAGAUAUAAUCGAAACUUGAGCAAAAUUCUUUUAACGUUAUGUCAUUUUCGUAUGAUUACAAAAUGGAAAACAUUAUUGAUUAAAUGAAUUAAUAAAUUAUUAUGAAUAGUUUUAUCUACUCGGCCAGUGAUAGUGACAUUGUUUAGCGUACCCGAAAAUAAAAAGUGAAUUCAACAUUAAAACAGAUUCACGGUCUAGGAUUAUUUCUAGAUUAAAAGUUUACAUUACAUUACAGUAUUUUUCCCUAUAUUUUCUGUUAAAUCAGCAUUGUAUCAUCUAACUAGAGGACUAAUC